CCGGGAAGUGAACAACAAGUACCCGGAUAUCACCAUGCUGUACAGCAUUGGGAAAAGUGUUCAAGGCGAUGACUUGUGGGUAAUGGCGAUCGGCAGCUCGUUUUCCAAUAUCGAUCUUCGACCACACGUGAAGUACAUCGGAAAUAUGCAUGGCAAUGAGGCCGUAAGUCGGGAGGUGUUGCUGCACUUGAUUGACCUGUACGUGACGUCACACCACUGUGCACAUCAUGCCGUCAAUGAACCUCGAUGGUUACAACAUAUCAGUGGAGGGUCGAUGCACGGGUACCUUAGGCCGAUACAACGCCAACGAGGACAACUUGAAAAGAAACUUCCCCGAUUUAGUUCACGGCGGGGCAUUCAAACCCGUCCAACCCGAAACGCAGCACGUGAUAGACUGGCUGGACGACUACAAUUUUGUAAUCUCUGCCAACUUGCACGGUGGUGCUUUGGUUGCAAACUACCCCUGCGACUUUUAUUUCUCAGACCCAAAACAAGGUUUUUCCGGACCCUCGAAGACGGUGGAUGACGACACUCCAGUAUAAAGCUCUGACCUAUGCAAGGUCACACUACACUAUGUCUAAAAAAACUAAUGGCAACGAAUGCGGCGGGUACUUUAAGAAUGGCAUUACAAACGGAGCCGAGUUGAAUCCUGUGUUAGGUAACUAUAUAAGUAACAUAGCAAGCAUACAACUACUUCUUUGAGCCGGUCUGU